AAACUGUGUUCGCUAUCGACUCUGGUGCAUCACUGGGUAGCCCGUCUUUUCUCAAAAGCCGCCCUGAAUUUUAUAUUUUAAGAGAAUAAAGAGAGCAAGGUGGGGAGUGUAUCGCAGCGUUUCAGAGGAUGUUGGCUACCGGAGCAGCUGUAACAACGGCGCUGGCACAAGUCGACAGGGAAAAGAUCUACCAGUGGAUCAAUGAGCUGUCCAGUCCCGAAACAAGGGAGAAUGCCCUCUUGGAGCUCAGCAAGAAACGGGAGUCAGUACCAGACCUGGCCCCUAUGCUCUGGCACUCCUGUGGCACCAUAGCUGCCCUCCUGCAGGAAAUCGUCAACAUCUACCCAUCGAUCAACCCUCCCACCCUGACUGCUCACCAGUCCAACAGAGUAUGCAAUGCACUUGCCCUACUCCAGUGUGUGGCCUCCCAUCCAGAGACCAGAUCUGCUUUCCUGGCUGCACACAUCCCACUCUUCUUGUAUCCCUUCUUGCAUACUGUGAGCAAAACGCGGCCCUUUGAAUACCUCCGACUCACCAGUUUAGGAGUCAUAGGUGCUUUGGUGAAAACGGAUGAGCAAGAAGUGAUCAACUUCCUGUUGACAACAGAGAUAAUUCCCCUGUGCCUUCGCAUCAUGGAGUCUGGCAGUGAACUCUCUAAAACGGUUGCAACUUUCAUUUUGCAGAAAAUUCUGCUUGACGAUACAGGGCUGGCAUACAUCUGCCAGACCUAUGAACGCUUCUCUCAUGUUGCCAUGAUUCUUGGAAAAAUGGUUCUUCAGCUCUCCAAAGAGCCUUCGGCCCGCCUGCUGAAGCACGUUGUGCGCUGUUAUCUGCGCCUGUCAGACAACUCUAGAGCCAGAGAAGCCCUCCGCCAGUGCCUCCCAGACCAAUUGAAAGACACCACCUUUGCCCAGGUUCUGAAGGAUGACACCACCACCAAACGCUGGCUGGCCCAGCUGGUGAAGAACCUGCAGGAGGGGCAGGUGACGGACCCCCGUGGCAUCCCCCUCCCCCCUCAGUGACCACUCCUGAUAGCUCAAUGGGCGACACAGGCAAAGACCUGCUGAGCAGAUCUCUGCUCAUAUGUUUAAUCAUGAGCACCCACAAAAGACUUGUUUUUGAAAGGAUUUUUUUUUUGAAGGAAAUUUUUUGCUUUGUUCUGUUCACGUUCACAGGUAAAAUGUUUUGGGAUUAGCCAUUCACAAAGUUUUGUCCUAAGGACAUUUGCUGCUUGGCCUCACUGUUUGUUCUGCAAUUUUCCAAGAAUGUUAAGUUGUGUUAAAUAAAUUGUUCUACAACA